UCAGACUGUCUACUACUGAUACAGCACGCUGUAAACGUAACGCAGUUCAACGAGCUUACGCUAGUGUGCUGUGGUGCCACCGCACAGACAGGCAGGGCAGGCACGCUCACGCAGGCACCAAGGUGAAAACGGGAGAUGGGCUGAAAUCCUAUACACGCUGUCUACCCAACUUCUUCAGUUGUACAGAACCAUCAUUUGCUGGCGACGUUGCGUGCUUGUGGCAUGAGCAGCCGGCACCAUGCCUUACGUGGAUCGGCAGAAUCGCAUCUGUGGCUUCCUGGACAUCGAGGAGCAGGAGGGCAGCGGCAAGUUCCUGCGCCGCUACUUCAUCCUGGACACGGGGCUGCAGGGGAGUCUCGUCUGGUACAUGGACAACCCACAGAAUCUGCCCAUAGGUGCAGCCUGUCAGGGUUCACUUAAGCUCACCUACAUCUCCAAGGUCAGUGAUGCCACCAAGCUGAGGCCAAAGGCCGAGUAUUGUUUCGUCAUUAACGCCGGCAUGAGGAAGUUCUUCCUGCAGGCGAAUGAUCAGCAGGACCUUGUGGAGUGGGUCAAUGCACUCAACAAUGCAACCAAAAUCACUGUGCCAAAGCCUUGUGAGGCAGCCCAGGCAGGUGAACUGCAGAGAGGCCAGUGUGAGGCCCUGGGCUCCAGGAAGCAGGUCUCCUACAGGACUGAUAUCAUAGGAGGGGUCCCCAUCAUCACACAGACACAGCAGGAGGGAGCAGACGGCCAGAACGGCGCCGACCGGGAGGCGCUAAAGCGCUCCCACAGCCAGCACCCCUACCGGCCAGCCCAGGAGCAGACCAUCCUCAAGGCCGGCUACUGCGUCAAGCAAGGAGCUGUGAUGAAGAACUGGAAGCGUAGAUAUUUCAUCCUGGAGGAGAACUCCUUGAGCUACUUCAAGUCUGAUCUAGAGAAGGAGCCUCUGCGUCUGAUCGCGCUGAAGGAGGUCCACAAAGUUCAGGAGUGCAAGCAGAGUGACAUAAUGAUGAGAGACAAUCUAUUUGAAGUAGUCACAUCCUCCAGAACCUUUUACAUCCAGGCUGAUAGCCCAGAGGAGAUGCACAGCUGGAUCAAAGCCAUCUCAGGGGCCAUCGUAGCCCAGAGAGGGCCUGGCAGAACAGCCGCUUCAAUGCGUCAGGCCAGACGGCAUUCGAACCCUUGUAUUCAGAGGUAUUGGGCCCGCGUCGCUGAAGGCAGCACGAGCACUCUGUCGGGUCCUCCUUUUUCUACCGCUCCCUCUCGUGCGGCCCCUCCCCUCAGCCGCCCGGCGGCGGGCGUGCCACCCUGCGGCGAGUGGCGAGGUGCCGCGCGGCCUGGCCUGGGACAGCGAGCACUUCAUGAGCCUGCUGCCGCUCCCCCGGCCGCAGGCCCGCCUGUCCCUGCAGGAGACGCGUCUCUCCAAGUGAGCCGCCAGCAGCUGCAGCAGCAGCAGAUGGAGGAGGAGGAAGAGCAGGAGGAGGAGGACGACGAGUCGCCGUGGCGCCGCCGCAGCAGCUUCGAGCCAUGCCCUUCCACAGAGCCCCCCCUGGAUCUGGAUGAUGCUGAGCUGCCUGUCAGUUUGGUCUGAUCUUUAAUACACACACACACACACACACACACACACAAAACACACACACCCCUCCCCUUGCAUUGGUUGUUGGUAGAAAAUGGGAGUGGAAAACACAGUUGGAGAGAUUGAGUGUGGCGACUGGAUAGACGAAACUGGAAUCAUGGAGAGAGAAGUCUUGGCCUGUCAGGUGAGAAGAGUUUGGAGAAGCUUGGGGGGAUUCAUUAACAAUGGGGGCUCUUCACUUGCAUCGUCCUCCAGGCAAGCUAACAGACAGUGUGGAUGGUCGUCAAGGACCGAUCAGCACAUACUUUGGGGUGCUCUUUCCGACCCCUCUCAUUUUAUUCUAUCUUUUCAAAUUUGGACAGGCUUUCUUCCAUAGUGGCCGUGCUGCCAGCCCUGAACCAUAGCAAUGGCAGGACUCCAAUGUGUGAUUGCUGUAGGCUAGCAGGCUGCUAGUAGGUUUGCAGAGGGAGGCCAGUGGAGAUUAUAGGCUGCAGGAAAAGGCUGGUAAUGAAGGGACUGGAAAAGGGGGAAAUAGUUUAAAGGCAAUGUGGACAGACAGCUGUCCACUGAGAACAUAUCCUUUCUAGGAUUCUUACUGAUGAUGUGGAAAGAGAGAUUUGUUUGAGUGAAUGAACUGUCUAUCCCUUUUUUCCUCCUACAUUUUUAUUUCUUUUUCUUUGCUUGACAUGAUCUGAAGCCAGGACUUCAACACAGGCAAAAAGCUGUGAAAAUAACCCCCUAAAAAACCCAAGCAGUUAGUCACCAGUUUAUUCUACCGUAACUUUGUUCUAACCAUAUAUUAAAUAUGCUAUCAUUAAACAGAUAAAUGAAGCAGGCAAGUGUUUUGUACAUGCUCAGCUCACAGCCUUAAAUUACUCACUAAUCAUGGGCCAUGCCACACACACACACACACACACACACACACACACACACACACACAAUUUAACAAUCAGAUUUUGUCCUGGCUUAUAUUUCAUAUAGAUUUUAAAGCUAACAUUGAAAACAAACAGAUGUAUCUUCCCGUGUUGUAAAUAUAGAAUUAUAGGUACUACCCUUAAAAUUUCUAAAAUCUACUGUUUGAAAACCGUGAAAGUCACUGUAUUUAGUUUCUGGUUCAGCCAAUCAAAGUUGGAACCUUGAAUACAGUAUUUAAAAUGAAAGGCAGUAUGUGAGGAAUUAAAAUAUAUAUUUUUGCAACAACUUUUUGAGUGUCACUGCGUACCAGAAAAGAAGUCCCCUACCCCAGCACGCCUUUAGCUCUUAUGAUAAAUAGGCUACCAAAAAUGCAUACUGGCUGAGCAUGCGUACAGGUCUGGUGUAUAGCCCUGCACUGUGACCCCAAUAGCCCAAUAGCUGCAUGCCCAGCAAUGAAGGGUGCAGAACAAGCAUCAUCCUGGGACCGUGUCUGCUUGGACUUGAGCUCACUGCGGAAAGCACAAAGAGAGAAAGUACGGAAGUACCCAAAACUCCGAACUGAAGACUACCUCAGUGGAGGUAUGUUUUACCUAUCGGGGCGAAGAGUGUGUGUGUGUGGUACACUCUACAAACUACAAGCUGCAGACUAGUCGCUUUGGCUUGCAAAACAAACAAUCAAAGACAGUGGCAGCUCAUUGGUUUGAGGGAGUCUUAAUAAAGAGAUUUAUAACAAUGUUUAAAAAUCUAAUCUUGCAUUAGAUUGAUGGUUCCUACUUUUACUGACUAAACCAGAGGCGAAGAGAACUUCAAUGUCCAUGGAACCCAUGUCUAGCACUUGAUGUGGAUUCCAUGAUUGUGUUUUGUGUUUUUUUGCUCUACUUCUGUAUACUUUUUUAAAAUAUUGAGCACAGGAGAAUUGACCAAGUGUUUAUAUAUUUGUGUUACAUGUGCCAGCAAAGGCAUACUGAAUUGCCUUCUUCAGAUGUUCUGUUAUCCUAGGCUGUCUUUCUUUCCUGCUUGCAUUUGCUGUGAUCUCAAUGGUUUCAAGAAAGCUGUACAAAGGCUUGAGUGAAAUGGAUGCCAAUGAAAUGGCAAUGGUUCACACCUUUUCGAUAUAAUUUCUGCUCAUGAACACGCUGAAUGGAAGGCACAAAAAGCAUUUUACAUGUGUUUUAAAGGUAUGAGAGUAUUUAAACACGCAUUGUCUCGACAAGUGACGUGUUGAUGACUUUUUGUUGACGUACUGAGAGUGGAAGACAACAGUUCCAUUGAAGAGGUCCACUAAUUCUGUUACCAUUUAACUGAAAUGCGGUUUAUUAUUUAACCAGUACAAAUUCUUGUGUUUGUCACAGCAGCAGGACUGGAUGUGGUCAGCUGAUUAUCUUUGUUGUGUGAUUGGCCCAUUUUAUACCCAUUGACGAUCAUACCAUUGGUGUCUGUGACCAUAUAGACUGCAAACCGUUUUUUUGUAUUUGGAUGGAGAUACUGCUGUGUUUGGUUUCAUGUCAGGACCUUUUGUAUUCCACUGUUUUCCUCUAGAUUACUGCUGUACAUGGGCCUGUACAUGCCCUGCCAAACUAUAUGUGUGUAAUUAUGUGGAAGUAAGCAGCCCCUUGCUUGUAUGAGUUUAUUUGUGUGAGUGUUUUAAUAGGGUCUGUGAGUUUGCUGCAAAACCUGUAUUACUGUCUGAAAAAGUGCCUGCGUAAUUUCUACUUUUAAAAAUAAUCAAAUUGUUUUAAUCCUGAUUCCACUCGGUUCAACACAACUGGUGUUACUGAUUUUUUUUGUUAAUUUUGUGUUAUUUAUUCUAUGGUACAAAAAGAGGAAUAAACAUUUUUUAAUUC